GUGUGUAUUUUUCUCGUCUUUACCAAAGUUUUUCUGCGUCCUCCUCCUCCUCGCCUGUCUACUGCAGACUGAAUGAAGAUGGCGGCCAGUUCAGAGCGGAGUCCCCCUCCCUUUCCCGAGUCCGAGGAGCAGGAACUGGAGCCCGACUUAGAGGAUGAGGACAGCGAUGAAGGCGCGGAUAUUUUCACAGGCGGUAUGCUCUCCGACGUGGUAAUGGAUCCUCCUCUUCCUACAAGUGCCAGUGAACCUGCUAAAGACAUCUUCAGUGAUGCCCCAGCAGAUUCCUUCAACGACCCACUGAACAAGACAAGUGCAGAACCAGAGAAGACAGAGAGUACAGGGCUCAGUAAAGCUCAAGUUGUGUCCCUUGUGGACAAGGCAGCUGACGACGAGGAUCUGUUCAGUGACCCCUUAGGAGAGUCUGCAGCUGCUCCAGUGACUGACACAAAAAGUGCCCCUUUACUGGACCUCGGUGAGGAACCGCCAAAGAGUGAUGUCACCGAGAAGACAGCGAGUGCGGCUGUGAAGGAGGACGUCAGUGCUGAAGUCCACAAGGCAUCUCAAAACGAUGUUGUCAGUAAGCCUCAGAAGGACAUUUUUGAGGAGCCCCUAAAAGGCACUGUCAAAGAACCGGCCACUGACGUUUUUAGUGAGCCCACAGGCGGCGCUGCAGCUGUAAAUAAACCAGCGAGAGCUGACCUGUUUGGUGAUGAUGACGAAGAGGACCUGUUUAAGGAACCUCUGGGAGCGGUGACUAAAAAACCACAAGUGCCGCUCUUCACCGAGGAACCUAAUGACAUCUUCACAGAGGCAAAAGCAGGCAGUAAAGCCCCAAGUGAUCUCUUCACGGAGGAAACCUUCACAGCCCCAUCUGCAGCUGCGGCUGCGAAACCGAGCGUGAACACCGGCUCUAAAACUAACGGGUUGCACUCUGAUGAGGAGGAUCUGUUUGCAGAGGCCACGGUUGAGCUGUCUUUGGACAGUCCUCAUAAUGACAAAAGGAAGAGAGAAGCAGCGAAGCCGUCUGUGCCAGCCUCCACACUCUCAUCCUCAGCCAGCACCUCCAAACCUCAGCCCAAAACACUAGAAGAGCUGGAGGAGGAGGAGAAUGAGGACAAAUUUGAUUUGAACAUUUCCGUUACAAACCCAGAGAAAGUUGGAGAUGGUAUGAAUGCCUAUAUGGCUUACAAAGUCUCAACACAGACCACGCUGUCCAUGUUCCGAAGUAAGCAGUUUGUGGUGCGCAGACGCUUCAGUGAUUUCCUUGGUCUGUAUGAGAAACUAUCAGAGAAACAUGCACAGAAUGGAUACAUUGUACCACCACCACCAGAGAAGAGCAUUCUGGGAAUGACCAAAGUGAAGGUUGGUAAAGAAGACCCCUCAUCAGCAGAGUUUGUUGAGAGAAGGAGAGCUGCUCUAGAAAGGUACCUCCAGAGAGUCGUGUGUCACCCAUCUCUGCUGCAGGACCCAGAUGUGAGGGAGUUUUUAGAGAAGGAGGAGUUACCAAGAGCAGUUGGUACCCAAGCGCUUAGUGGAGCUGGAUUCCUCAAGAUGAUCAACAAGGCUACAGAUGCAGUGAGCAAGAUGACCAUAAAAAUGAACGAGUCAGAUGUUUGGUUUGAGGAGAAACUACAGGAGGUGGAAAGUGAGGACCAGCAGCUGAGGAAGCUGCAUGCCAUGGUGGACUCCCUUGUUAUCCACAGGAAAGAGUUGUCUAUGAACACAGCAAUGUUUGCCAAGAGUGUGGCGAUGUUGGGCAGCUCAGAAGACAACACUGCACUAUCCAGAGCUCUAUCCCAGCUGGCUGAGGUGGAAGAUCGUAUUGAGCAGCUUCAUCAGGACCAGGCCUCCAACGACUUCUUUAUCUUUGCUGAGCUUCUUGCUGACUACAUACGUCUGCUAGGGGCUGUCCGGGCCUGCUUUGACCAGCGGAUGAAGGCGUGGCAGCGAUGGCAGGAUGCUCAGAACAUGCUGCAGAAGAAAAGAGAGACGGAAGCAAAACUACUGUGGGCCAACAAACCAGACAAACUGCAGCAGGCCAAGGACGAGAUUGUUGAGUGGGAGGCCAAGGUCAGUCAGUAUGAGCGAGACUUUGAGAGGGUUUCUGCCACCGUGCGCAAAGAAGUAAUCAGAUAUGAGAAAGAGAAAACUCGGGAUUUCAAGAAGCAAAUUAUUAGAUAUCUGGAGUCUCUGUUGCAAUCACAGCAACAGCUGAUAAAGUACUGGGAGGCAUUUUUGCCAGAGGCAAAAGCAAUCGCAUGAGUGUGUCUAUAUGCAGAUAAACACAUGCAUACACAGGCCUGCUUGAGACUGAGUCUGCCUUUUCUAUACACUUUACCUCUUGCCUAUAAACCAAGAGUAGAGACGCGUUGCAAAGGGAAAGAAAGAAACAAUCGUUAGUUUUUUUUGUUUGUUUUUUAAUUAAUCACCAGAAUCAUACAGCUCUUUACUCUAACUGUUGUAUUAAUAAUUGUAUAUUUUUCAUUUAACCUCCACCUAUAUUUUCUUAUUGACAAAGCUGAUGCUAGAGUAUGUACAUGCAUGGUGGUGGGGUAGAGUGGUUAUGUCUUCCUCAUGUGUAUGCAAAUGUAUUUUUGUUCAUUUUUUUGUUUUGUUAGUAUUCAGAGAUAGUAGGUGACAUUAGUGUGAAUGGUAUUCACACCACAGAGGAGGCAGACAUGUUGACUCAUCAGCAGUGCUAAUCGUUUACAGUAGGGAGCCCUCUCCUUCCACACUUAUGCACUUAACUAGGUUUCACUUCUGUUCUUUUCACUGUAUCUAUAGCUGCAUCUGUGUUGAGAAUGCACAGAGGUCGCUCUUUAAAUAUCUGCCCCCCCCCUCCUCGUGCCGGGUGGUUAGGCCUAGAACAGUAUCUGCUCUGCUCUGUUGAGGGAGAGGUGCCAAUGAGAGGAUGUUUGCUCACAGUUUAAAGUAAUUCUGAGCAUCUUCCUGCUAAAAUAAUUCCAAGGAAUGAAUGAAUGAAUGAAUAAACAGGUGGUUUACUUGUGUUAGGAAAUGUGUAGGUGCUUAAAAUGAAAAUGCAAGUAAUGGCAGGCCAAAACUGCUUUCUGAGAACAAGGCAGAUUCCAUCCAAUUCCAUGGGAUGAUGUGCAUAAUGCUGCAAGUGUGUGUGUGAGUGACCAUGGGCUUUAGUACUUGCAUUGCAGUGCAUCAGUUUACCAAGUAGCCAAAACACAAUUUUUAAAAGACAGAAAAGAAACAUCUCUACUGUACUUCCAACAUUAUAAUUAUAGAAAAAAAAAUACUGCAUACCUAUAUUAGAAAACUGCAUAUCAGUGUCUGUUGGCUUUUAGCUCUCCAUACAGGUGACAUUCCACAUUUUGGAUGUUCAUGUUCAACAAAAGGUUAAUGAGGUAAACAGUAUGGUAUAGGCCUGAGUUGAGCUUUGUUCAUUAAUUACACAGUUAAAUCUGCAACUCUACAGCCAUUAUGCUGAAGCCUUAGCAAAGUUACUGAGGCGACUGCCAGUUUAAAGAAAGUUUCUCUUAAGUAUAUUUACAAGAGACGUGAUGUUUGAGCACUUAUUCAGGCAGCCAUGACCAUGGUUUUCCGUUAAAAAAAUACAAAGUUUUAAAAAAUACAUAUGUCUGUUUUUUUUAAAAGGUACGCUAAUCAGCCGUAAUAUUAAAACCACUUGCAUUAUAUUGUGUAGGCCUUACUCUUGCAGUCAAAUUAUUUCCACAAUUUCUGCUAUUAUUAUGGCUCUUCUGUGGAAUCAGAUGGGCUAGUCAGACAGACACGCCAAUCAAGGAGCUUUAGCGACCCAAGGCCCUGCCUGGUGUUUUGGAAAUGGAAACUUUGGAGUCUUGUAGUGACUCAGGUCCCUAUGCAGGUCCCCAUUUUUCUACUCCAACUACAUUAACUUAAAAAACUGACUGUUCACUCAUUGGUUAACACACACAUAUAUCUGUAUAUGACAGAUGCCAUUGUAUGGCUGAUCUGUGAAAACAAAUGGUUAUUGUGAUGUAGUUAUCUUGACAAAACCUGUUCAUAACUUUCUGCUUCUGUAGCUCUUCUAUGGGAUCAGACAGGCUAGCUUUCUCUACACACAUACAUCAAGAUUCACCACUUGCCCUUUCCUGAAGUGCUUUUGAUACAUAUGAACAUGUCCUUUCUGAUGUUUUGGAGGUGUUCUGAGCCAGCUGUCUAGCCUUACCAUCACAAUUUGGUUCUUGUCAAAAUGGCUCAGAUUUCUUUGGUUUCCCAUUUUCCUUCUUCCAGCACACCAACGUAAACAAUCGAUGUUUACUUAUUAACCUUGCAGUGGUUUUCAAGUUUUGGCUGAUUAAUGUAUGGCUUUCUUUGUAUCACCAAUCUCUCAGAAUGUUUUGCUAAUUCACAGCUGUCAGGUUACUCCCAUCCCCCCCUACAUUUUUUGUCGUUUCAUCAGAUAUGAUUUUGAUAAUUAUGGUAUAUGUUGUAUAUCUCUGUAAUUGUAAUGAUUUAAUUAUGAUGUUUGACAGUGAGUCAUCAGUUUUCAUCAGAUGCUGCUGAGCUACCAGCUGACAAUGUAUUUGAAGAGGAAGAUUAUCUUCAGAUAUCUCCUUCCACUGGUUAAUAAAGUGGAUCAGGUUUUUUCCUAGGUUCAGGCUUGUAUAUCCAGAUGAUAGUGUCAAGAAAGCAUGUAGAACCACAAUUCAAGGGUCCUACUCAAUGGGUCUGACAUGAAAGUCCCUUUAACUGCCAUAAAUGAUGAGAAAAUAAAAUGUUCUUUAUUAGACUGUAUUUUUUUAAUCCUCCGACCAAGCCAGUAGACAUUGUUUAAGUGCACCUUCUGUUGGGCAACACAAUAAAGAUAGUUUUAAAGAA